AUGCAACUGGUUGCACAAGGCGGGUUUUCUCUUUAUAUGUUUUCUUUUGUCUUGUUGGCCAUCGUGGGUCUAUUGGUCUCUGUCCAAUUUAGCUUUUGCUCUCAUGUUUGGUUUGGAUUGUGUAUGCUUUUAUUAUUGAUAUGUGCUUUAUUAGCACUCCAUACGAUCGUAUUGUAUGUCUAUAUUACCUACAUUGUGUCUCCACAAGUUCAUCAUCGCAUCGACACGUUUAAACCACUCAAGUUUGUCUACCAGUCUCGCCCUCAAGAACCCAACACAGUUGAGCCCCUGAGCGAGCAUGAAGAACUCAAUACUGCCUUCAAUACCCUCUUGUCAUGCCUGAUGCGUGAUUUCAUUCAGUCUUGGUACACGCACAUUUCAGCCGAUCCCUCUUUUUCAAACACCGUUGAUCGUCUGAUACGUGCCUCUGCAUCUCACCUGGCCCAACGACUGUCUUCAGCCGACCUGUUACACAUCUUACUGAACCGUAUCUUACCACGCAUCACGUUCCACAUUGCCGAGUUUCGUGCGGCUGAAGAAUCCUUGCGUGGCAAGUCACUCGAGCGAUCUGUCACCCAAUCCGAUGAACUCGAUCUCUUGUUAGCCAGUCGGUUUCGACAAGGCAAGCUCCAUAAAGCCUUAACGACAAGUGCUGUGACGACCAAACCAACCGAGAUGGUCUACUUAAGAGGCUUGAUGGAACGUGUGUUGCCGCUCGUGAUCGAUCCGCAUGAACUGGCCAGUGGACCUGUGCGUGUCGUGGUCCGAGAAAUCGUGAGUCAUGUCGUGUUGCAGCCUGUGUUGGAUAUGUUGGCUGAUCCUGAUUUCUGGAAUCAGACGAUUGAUAGUUAUUUGGGGAAAGCCAUCAUGGAACAAAAGAUGGUGCGACAGUUACGUGAAGUAUUGAAUCGACAUUCCACGCAUGAAAUUGAUCAAGUCAUGGAUGUACUUACACAACAAGAUACAGCCGUGGAUCUGUCUUUCAAAGAGGAAGAUGACAUGGCCAAAGAACGAAAGAGUCCCUUGGAUCCUUCUUCUUUCUCACCUACCAGUAAAAAGAGCGUGUUUGGGAUGGACAGGACAGGCAAACGUACAUUUCAGGAAUUCCUCAAGAUUAUUCAGGAAGAAAAGAACUUGUUGGACCUAAAGCGAGUGCGUAAUGAUAUUCAAACACAAAUCAGAAAAAAAAAGACACUGAUUGCGGAUAGAGACCCUGAGGAAAUUGUGGAUGGAGAAAAAGUACAAGAUGUGAUGAUGUAUAUCAAUCGUCUUGGGGUAGCUAAAAAAAGAGUGGAUAAGCGAAUUGCUACUUUGUCAGGCGAACAAUUUGAUAUUCGAAAAUCAACUACCCAGUUAUUCUCUAGCAGGAAGCAGAGUACCAGUCAAUCUACUGUAGGGAUGGGUCUCAGAGACAUCUUGACCAACACAUCAGGUUUAUCUUAUUUUAUGGAAUUCAUGGAUCGACGAGGUGAUAUGGUCAAACUUCAAUUCUGGCUAACCGUCGAAGGAUUCAACAGUAUGGUCAAUCAUCCUUUAGAGACAUUCUUACAGGACACCAAGAUGGUCCACGACAUGUACUUUACUGAAUUAGCACCUCAUCGCCUGCAUGUGUCUGAUACGCUUGUGUAUGAUCUAAAGCAAAGUAUUGCCUCUGCAGAAGCCUCGAUGACUCAACCCAGUCUGUUCUCAGAUCAUGUACGUGAACUGGGUCUACGUCUGUCUCGUAUUCAACAACAUGUCUUUUGGGAGAUUGAAAAAGAGCAUUUCCCUUACUUUAAGCGAUCUGAUCUUUACUUUAAGUUCUUGUCGUCUGCACCUCCUUUGCAUUCACCUGAUAUGGACACACGACAUAGUCUAGACGAAUCAACACGCUAUAACCAAAAGACACGUCCAGCAUCGAUUCAUGAAUCACCCCGCAUGACGCCAGAGACAUCAUCUUAUUUUGAAGAAAGACCAAGAGGCCAUCAACGUGCCCUUAGUGAUUCCAUCAAACCCAAGUUUUUUUCGUUUUCCAACAUGUUUGGACAAGAACGACCUUUAUCAGUGCCUUCUUCUAUCAAAUCAUUAGAAGAUGAAGAUGAGUUUCUGAUGGACAUGGUCGUACCCAAUCGACUGGUCAGAAGAAACACAGUAGAUGCAGUAGAAGCAGAAUUACGAUCUAUUCUGGACGGCAAUACCAUGGACACAAAGACAGAGCCAGAAGAGAAACCGACAAAGCCGACUCAUUCUGUCUUGUUGUUGGGUGGUUCUCAAGUCAAGUCCAGUACGGCUUUACCUGUUCAGAAUGUCUAUACACUGCCUAGCUGGACAUCUUCAGGGGGCACGAAUACCAUCAGUGAAAUUGAACAUGAUUCGUUAGAGUCCAUGACAGGCAAUGAUAGCAAGAGUUCAACAGAAGAAACCUCCAGUAUGACCUCUUAUUCCUCACAAACCAACGUCCAUUUUGCUCCACCAGGCGAUUUGAUGCUAGCCACCAAAGUCCAACAAUUAUCUGAAGAAAUCGAGAAGCUUACAGCCCAAGAAGCCAUUGUGGAUGCCCUGAUCACAAAAGCAGAAUCACAAGAGAAACUGGAAGAACUUCGUAUUCUCAAGAAAUCCAAAACAAUGUUCCGACAAGAACUGCAGCAGAUACAAUACCAAAAAUCACAAUACGAACUUCAAGAAUCUGAAAAUGUCUUAUUGCCACAACGCACACAGAUUCAUAUUACCAGUGCCACCAUUGGGUCUGAUAAACAUGGUGAAUUUGCACUGUAUGUGAUUGAGAUUCAACAGUUGGGUCUGGAUGGAAAUUAUGCGUCAGGCUGGAUUGUGGCCAGACGAUACAGUGAAUUCUUGGCACUUCACACUAAACUCAAAGAACUUUUUCCUGCUGUUCGAUGGAUGGAAUUUCCUGGUCGAUGGCCGUUUAUUAAACUACAAAAGCCCUUAGUGGAAACAAGAAGAGUGGCCUUGGAGAAAUAUCUACGUCAGUUAGUGCAAGAUAAAGAGAUUUGUGCCAGUCAAGAGUUUCGCUUGUUUCUGUCUCAACAAAACAUCUUUGUCAAUCCAGCAGAAGAUGAAUCAUCUGUUCAGCAUACAGUCAUGGCCACCAGUACAUCCAGUGCUUCCCUACAGUCUCUGAGUUCUCCUUCUGUUCAAAACCUACAGAAAUCCAUGGCAGAUGACAAUCUUCAAAAAAAACCCUCAAAAGGAUUCAUGCAUCAUAUCUACAAGACAGUGGCUGCUGGCAUUGAUGAUAUUCUGAUUGGUCCUUCCAUGUUGGAUUUAAUCACUCAACGCUUGGGUGAACAAGUGAUGGAAUUCUCUCAACAAGAAUCACCUAAAAUGAUGCUACAGAAUAACUACCCUGAAGUCAUCAAAGAAGGCAUCACACGAUUUACAGAACCCUUGUGUGAUUUGUUUAUUGAAAUGUUUGAAUUAAAAGACAAGACAAACUGGUUAAGAAGACAGGCCAUUGUGAUUAUUAUUCAACAAAUCCUGGAAGGCACUAUUGAACGAAAACUAAGGGAGACAGUCAAGUAUUUGGGUUCUUUACCAAUGCUUGUGUUCUAUCUCAACAAAAUGACAGAUAGUUUAUGGCCACAAGGUGGGCCAUUCACAUUGAAAGAACCCAGAAAACUUGAAGAAAAACUUCAGACAAGAGAAGAAGCGAAUAGAAAAUUAUCCACUUGGCUUCCGGGUAACUCCAUAUAUUUCUAG